CCAAAGCUGAUGAUGCUUGGCUGAUGUUUGAUUCAGCUUCUAAAGUAGACUAUCAGGGUCGAAGCUUGCUCUCCAAUGCAUGAGGACUUGGGACAGUAAUUUUAGUUAGCAUAUCUCUAUCUUGGUAUCAAUCAAUUAAUUACACGCAUUCAUUUGAAAAUGGUGACUUUAUUGCGUCGACGAGCUUCGGCGAUGCUUCUUGCGUGGGGUUAUUGUAUUUUGGCUGAGACAACUUUUUCUAACAUCACUCUUGAUAACGAGGUUCACUCCAGCUUCAUCCAGCGCCGUCUGAGGAGCCAGGAGCGCCGGGAGAUGCAGCGGGAAAUCCUCUCCAUCCUGGGGCUGCCCCACCGGCCCCGGCCGCACAUCUACACCAAACAAAACGCUGCCCCGAUGUUCAUGCUGGAUUUGUACAACGCUAUUUCCACGGACGGACAACAGCCAGCAGGUUUUUCAUAUUAUAAGCCCGUUUUAUCGACCCAGCGGCCCCAGAUGGUGACCCAGCAAAACAGUAUUUUCCUCAAUGACGCGGAUAUGGUGAUGAGCUUUGUCAAUCUUGUUGAGCUGGAUCAGAACGUCCUGUCUUCUCGGCACAACAGGGAAUUCCUCUUUGACUUGUCCCAUAUCCCAGAGGGAGAAGCUGUCUCCGCUGCAGAGUUCAGAAUCUACAAGGACUACAUCGGAGAACACUAUGAGAAUGAGACCUUCCAUGUGAGCGUGUACCAGGUGCUACAGAAGCCCCCUGACAGUGAGGAGGACCUGUUCCUGCUGGACACGCGUGUGGUGUGGGCUAUAGAGGAAGGCUGGCUGGUGUUUGACAUCACAGCCACCAGUAACCAGUGGGUGGUGAACCUGGACCAGAACCAGAACCUGAACCUGCAGCUGGGCCUAGAGAGCAUGGACGGCCAGAGUGUGAACCCCAGGCUAGUAGGGCUGGUGUGUGGCAGUGGGCUACAGGACAAGCAGCCCUUUAUGGUGGCCUUCUUUAAGGGAACUGAGGUUCGCCUCCGCAGCGUCCGCUCUGCCCACGGUCACAAGGGGCGCAACCCCAACCGCUCUAAAAACCCCAAGAAUGCUCAGGACGCACUGAAGGUUGCUGAGGCUGCAGCAGAGACCCUCAGCACAGACCCGAAACAGGGCUGUAAGAAGCAUGAGCUGUAUGUCAGCUUCAGAGAUCUGGGAUGGCAGGACUGGAUCAUUGCACCAGAGGGCUAUGCAGCGUACUACUGCCAGGGCGAAUGCGCUUUUCCCCUCAACUCCUACAUGAAUGCCACCAAUCAUGCCAUUGUGCAGACUCUGGUCCACUUCAUAAACCCAGAGACAGUGCCCAAACCCUGCUGUGCCCCCACCCAGCUCCACGGCAUCUCAGUCCUCUACUUUGACGACAGCUCCAAUGUCAUUCUGAAGAAGUACCGUAACAUGGUGGUCAGAGACUGCGGCUGUCACUGACCGCCAUCAGACUUCCCCUUCUCAGGAUACACUGGGGCUAGUGGAGGAAGAUGAGGAAGAGGAGGAAAUGGGGAUUAUGCAGCAAAACUCAUUAAUUUCCUGAUCUAUAAGGACCUGCUGCUUCAGGACUGGCAGGAAGACCAACUGCCUUUAUUAUUGGCUGCAAACUGACAAGUACUAGCAAUACUGCCUUAGCAGUAGAGACAUACUGCCCUAGCAGUAGAGGCAUACUGCCCUAGCAGUAGAGGCAUACUGCCCUAGCAGUAGAGGCAUACUGCCCUAGCAGUAGAGGCAUACUGCCCUAGCAGUAGAGGCAUACUGCCCUAGCAGUAGAGGCAUACUGCCCUAGCCCAACUACGAAGAAGAUCUUUGGCAUCUGGAUUGUCUCCACUACAUGGUGCAUUAAAGAUAGUGACAAGGCUACUCGUCUAGAGACCGCAAUAGAAUUCCCAGUCAGUACCAUGGAGGAAUGAAACAUCACAGACACCGCACUGUCAUCCAUUUAUUUAUAAUCUCAUU